UUGACUUAUCCAAGAGGGUUCGGUGAUUGCAAAUAAAAUAAAUUAUUUUUAAUUAACAAAAAUAAUGUAUUUCAGUAGGAAAAGUACACGUGUAUAGUUUUAAAAGGCUGCAAAUGUGAAUAAAAUGAUUAAGAGCAUAUAUUGACAAAAUAUUGUGUUGCUCUGCGUUGUGUUCUGAUAAAGACACGUCAACUUUUCUCGAAGACUGACGAUUGAAAUAAAAAUAUGGAGUAUUUAAAACUUUACAUUGUAUUUUUAUGCCUAAUUAUAACUACUGCGGAGUUGGUCGGUCCAGAUUCUGCCAAAAAGGAGGAUAAACGGAGUGAGGAUGAAGAUACAUCUGAAGGCAAGGAUAUCAAAGACCCAUAUUAUUACAAUGAGCUAAUAUCAGCUAUGAAUAAAGAGAUUAAAACCCUAAAAGAUUAUGCUGAUGUUUUACGUAAAUCAAAAGAGAUUUUGAAAGAUGACGAUAAUUCUAAAGGUGACCUGGAUGAAACUAGUGAAAAGGAGAAUAAUUUACAAAUAGACAAAUACACAUUUAGGCUUAUCAAGAAUAGCUUAUUGAGGGAAACCGAGCCCAGUUGGAUUGAAGCUGCAAAGGGUAUUCUGGAUUCUUCUGACUCUGAGAAAUCAGAAGAGAAUCCACAAGAUUAUCUCGAUAGCCUCCCACCACUGCCUAAAGUGGAGGAAGAAGAAUUAACUCCUGAGUUGCAAGAAGCCAAAAAACUAUACGACGAAGCGAUAAAAAAGAUAGACAAGCGUGUCCCAGACCUUCGAGGUGCGAUACUCCAAGUGAAGCAAGCUGCGGACAGUGGUUACGCGCCAGCUAAGAUUCGUCUUGCGUGGUCUUAUGUGUUCGGUGAGGGUGUGGAGCUGGAUGUGGAUAGAGCGAGGAAGAUCUUCCAGGAACUCGCUGAUGAGGGCAAUGCUGAUGCGCAUGCGGGCAUGGGUUUCCUAUACGCGACCGGGGUGGGCGUUCCCGUCUCUCAAGCGAAGGCCCUAGUACAUUACACUAUGGGCGCUAUAGGAGAGAGUGAUUACGCUCAAAUGGCGCUAGCCUAUAGAUACUGGGUCGGUGUGACCGUACCGAGUUCGUGUCCGAAGGCUAUGGACCUGUAUAUGAAGGUUGCUGCUAAAGUGGCAAGUCAAGUGACGUUCAGCGGUGGUCCAGCAGUUCAACGUACGAGGCUGAUAGACGAGGCGGAGGGUGGGGGUUCGACAUCUGCGUUGGACACCGAUCUCAUUGAGUAUUACCAGCUGCUCGCUGAGAAGGGGGAUGUGCAGGCGCAGGUCGGUCUCGGUCAACUGCACUUCCAAGGCGGUCGUGGGGUCACACUGGACAUACAGAAAGCGUUGCACUAUUUCCAACAAGCCGCUAAGACUGGGAACGCUAUGGCCAACGCUUAUCUUGGAAAGAUUUACCUAGAUGGUGGGGAUGGCAUAAAACAAAACAACGAGAUGGCGUUACAUUACUUUAAAAAAGCGGCCGAAAUGAAUAAUCCUAUCGGUCAGACCGGACUGGGUCUUAUGUAUUUGCAGGGCCGUGCAGUUCCAAAAGAUCCGAACAUUGCUUAUAAAUACUUUACGAUGUCCGCUAAUCAAGGUUGGAUGGAAGGACAACUUCAUCUAGGGUUCCUAUAUCUAAGUGGUAUCGGAGUCCGUCGUGAUUUCAAACAAGCGAACAAGUACUUCUCCUUAGCUUCGCAAUCGGGCCACGUGCUCGCGCUAUACCACCUCGCGCAGUUACAUGCGCAGGGGCUGGGUGUGAUGCGCUCCUGUACUACCGCUACGGAGCUAUUCAAGAACGUGUGCGAGCGCGGUCCGUGGUCGUCGCGCCUGAUGUCCGCGCACGGGGCGUGGCGCGCGCGCGACGCGCACUCGGCGCUGCUGCAGUACCUCGCGCUGGCCGAGCGCGGGCUGGAGGUCGCGCAGACCAACGCCGCUUAUUUGUUGGACGACGGUGGCGUAGGGCUGUUCCCCCCUGCCGAACGAUGGCAGCGCGCCUUACAGCUGUGGGCGCGCGGCGCGGCGCAGGGCUGCGCCCCCGCACGGCUCAAACUCGGCGACUACCACUACUAUGGGCUUGGGACUCCGCCCGAUCUGGAGGCCGCCGCGCAUCAUUAUCGCAUCGCAUCAGAACAACUGCACAACGCACAAGCCACAUUCAAUCUGGGCUACAUGCACGAGCGUGGUCUCGGUUUAGCUCGAGACAUCCACCUGGCAAAGCGUUGCUACGAUCUCGCAGCAGACGCAGCUCCAGAGGCGAGGCUACCUGCAGCACUUGCACUGGCAAGACUGAGUGCGGUUACAGCGCUGUCCUCGCUGUAUGAUUCUGUAUUGCAGAGUCCGCUAGCGCUGAUCUUCCUCACGGGCGAGUCUCCCCUCCUCUCGAACUGGGACGUCUACCUCAUAGGAGUGCUUGUGGGGGCACUGGGCUUGGUUCUAUACCUCCGCAGACCGCAACCGACCAAUUGAAAUCGUUGGAUUUAAUAAGGAUUAGACGAACUUAUCAUUGACGUAGUUUAAACAACCACACUCACAAUGAAAAUAUCGUCAAAAAUGUCUGAGGGGUUGGAACAUUCAAAUUAACACCUUAUUUGGUGGCAGUAUUGUUCAAAGUUAUUGUAUACACGCAAUAGAAAACUCUGCCUCAUUGAUUCUUGGCAGACUUUUGCUUCGGACAAUUUUUGAGCGUGAUUGUUUAUGGUACGUCAAUACUUGAUACUAAGUGUCAUGGUAUAAGCUGACAUUUUGAUGUGGAUAUUGUGUGUCAGAC